GCCAGGCUGCCAGAGGCGCCUCCUCUCUCUCGUUCUCUCUCUGGCUCUGUGCCUCUUCGACAUCCCCAGCUGGACGGACCCAGCGGAGCCUCGCAGGCCGGCCAGCUCCCUUCCCCGCCUCGGCUGGACCUCCUCCGCUUCAGCCGAGAGAGCGAGACAGACAGACAGACAGACUCCGAUCCAGGCAGAAGAAGAAGGAGGAGGAAGAGGCGGAGGAGGAGAGGGAGGCUCCGUCGGGGGCGGCGUGGGGCUGGCUCUGGAUGGCCCUGGCCGAGGGCGGCUGGUGCCUCUUGAAGGACGCCCUCUUCCCGCUGGGAGCCCCCUCCUCCUCCUCCUCGGCCUCCUGCUCCUCUUCCCGGGAGCCCCCCUGCCCUUCUUCCCCCUCGGCCUCCUCCUCCUCGGGCUGCUCCCCUGGAGGGGGACCCGGCCCUCUCCCGCUCCGGACCUUCAAGCAGGAGCCGGGCCUCGGCGGGGCUCCGCUGGCGGCCUUCCCCGAGGGCCGGGCGCUGCUGGGGCCCUUCGUCUCGCCCUCGGCGCUGCCCAGCUGGGAGGACGUCAUCCUCUUGGCCGACCUCGACCAGGCCAACAAGCUCCUCUGGUCCAGCCGGGCCUCGACGGCGGCGGCGGCCGCCAAGAUCGGACACGACCCCGCCGCCACCCAAGGGCCCCCUCCGCCCACGGCCCUGGAGGAGAUGUACCACCAUCACCACCACCACCACCACCACCAUCAUCCCCCGCCGCAGGGCCUCCACCAGGGCGCCUCCUACGACCCUUCCUCCCCCGGGGCAGCCGCGGCGGGGGCAGGCAACGGCGGCGGCGCCUUCGGGGCCCCUUCCUCCGGCUCGCCCGUCUACGUGCCCCCCACCCGCUCCAUGCUGCCCUACCUGCAAAGCGGCGGCCAGAGCGGAGGGCCCUCGCCUUGGGCCCCUCCGACGGCGGGCCCCGACAGCCCCUCGCCCCCCUCCGCCGCCUCCUCCUACGGGGCCCCCGGCAACGGCGGCGCCUCCUGCGGCCAACGCUUCGCCUACAGCCCCCCGGCUUCCAACGGCGGACCCCGGGAGCCCUACAGCCCCCGGCCCUUGAACGGACCUUACUACGGGCCUUACGUCGGAGCCCAGUUCGGAAGCCCCGGCGGAUGGGGAAGCCCCUUCGACAACUCCAUGCUCCACUUCCCCGGGACCAGGGCCGCCCCCCUCGCCAUGAGGGCCCCCUCGGCAGACCUCCUGGAUGAAUUGCAGGACAACCGGGAGUGUGUCAACUGUGGCUCCAUCCAGACCCCGCUGUGGAGAAAAGAUGGCACUGGCAACUAUCUCUGCAAUGCCUGUGGGUUGUAUACCAAGAUGAACGGCCUCAGCAGACCCCUCAUCAAACCCCAGAAGAGAGUGCCUUCUCAGAGACGACUGGGUUUGUCCUGUGCUAACUGUCACACUACAACUACCACCCUCUGGCGCAGGAACGCAGAAGGAGAGCCCGUUUGUAACGCCUGUGGCUUGUACAUGAAACUUCAUGGGGUGCCUCGACCUCUUGCUAUGAAAAAGGAGGGAAUUCAAACCAGGAAACGCAAACCAAAGAACCUAUCUAAGAUAAAGUCAUGCUCGGGUAAUAAUAGCAAUAAUGCUGUUCCUAUGACUCCAACUUCCACGUCUUCUACGAACUCAGAUGACUGUAGAAAAAAUGCUUCCCCUAGCACACAGCCCACAGCCUCAGGGGUAGUGUCUUCAGCCAUGUCCACCCGGGGAGAGAGCGCCAGUCCUGAGACUAGCACACUCAAGUAUUCUGGUCAAGAAGGCCUAUAUUCAAGUGUCAGCCUGACCUCCACUGCAGAAGUUACAGCCUCUGUAAGACAGGAUUCUUCCUGGUGUGCCAUAGCUCUUGCGUGAAUUGGUGACGAAUAAAUGGUGCAGAAGACUUGCACUGGGCAGCAGCCAGAUACACUUUUGUGUGGUGUAUUUUUGUUCUUUCAAGCAGUCCAAGAAGUGAUGACAAUGAGGACAGGAACAUUCCUUGCCUGACGUAUCUGUGUCUUGAUUCUAGAGGUGUUUAUUCCCCAUGGCCUCUUUCCGAUUGCCCAACUCAUCAGCUAUGGAAGAGAAUUGAGGGAGCAUGAACUACUUCUGUUAAACCGACAAAGGAUUACCCAUCUGCACUAUUGAUAGAUCUUUGCCACAACUCCUAGUACUGCCUUGUGUAAUUGUGGAUGGUGUAUUUGUUUCACUCCCACUUGCCCAACAUCCAGGAUCUGACUGGUAUUGACAUGUUCUUGUAGACAAAGUAGGCCUAGUUUGCAUUCUAAAGGAUAGCGCAACACAGAAGAGUGUGCAGCUUAUUCCAAUGUGCCUAUCUUGGACUAGAUGGUUUGAUGUGAUCUCCUCUAACAGGUUAGUGUCACAGCAAAUGCCUUCUGCUCAUCACAUGGCCAUAUUUCCCAGCAACUUUUCUGAAGCUGACGUCUGAUUCAGGCCAAUGAAGGAAAUCACAUUUGGUGCACCCUUCUCAAGUUACAACAUGCUAAUGAGAACAUGCUAUUAAAUACAUGUGUUUUUGUUUUUGACAUAUACUGUGAUGGAGGAGGAUAAAUGUUUCUGUGUUAUGACUGAACAGUCAGAAUUUGUAAACAGGGUAGAAUUUCCCCCCUUCCAUAUAUACAAUAAUUUUGUUUUUAUAUAAGUGCAAUUUCUGUUGCAGCAAUCAGUGUUAAAUCAUAAGCAGAAGAUUUAACAGCAGUUUUUAUAUGAAUGAAUGGAAUGAAUGUAAACCUUUUAACUUAAUGGUACGUAAAUAAUUUAAAAGAAAAAAGUUAACCAAGGCAUCCUGUAGGGUUUUUUUAUUGCAACAAAAAUGUUCUACUUCUGUAUUUCUGAUUUCUAAAACAAAACUUUCAAGAACAAAUAUUUUCUCAGGAAAAAAAUGACCCUUGCUGUCUAUCUGGUUAUAAGCUUUUAUAUAUAACUAUAAAGUCAUCCCCACUAUCUUGCCACUGAAUAAAUUAUGUGCUAGAAAAGUAUCAAUUGCAGUGAAACUUUACUACCUAGUGGAGAAAUCUGUAAAUAUUCCAACAGAAUAGUAAGGCAUCUUUUAAAAUGUUGGAUGCAGUCUGUAUAAUGUAACUGAUCCAUAGCUAGGUUACAUUAAAACACCAGCAACAAUGGUAUGGCAUGUCAUUUGGAAAGUUGUCUUCACGGGAGCUUUGAAAAUAAAAGGGUUAUGUGUUCUUUCUUUACAA